CUCUCUCAUGCUGCAGUUUCAUAACAGAGCCAUCAGAGGGGGGGGAGGGACUUCUGCAGACACAAAAGGCUGAUGGUGCUGCCAUAAGUGACAGAAAACGGCACAGCAGAGCAGCAUAACAGUUAGUUUAGUGUGUGAACUGCUGCUAUGAGAAGACCAGACCAGCUGUAGAAGUUUAUCAUCAGCUCAAACAGACGGGUUGGACUUUGUGAAGAAAUACUUCAGUGGUGCAUAUCAACGAGGCUAACUACAUCAAUGAAGACACCUGGCAUGGCGGUCUUCAAGCAACAGAAUGUGGAUGAUUUCUAUGAAAUUGGAGAAGAACUGGGGAGUGGGCAGUUUGCAAUUGUCAAACGCUGCAUAGAGAAGAGUACGGGCGUUGAAUAUGCAGCCAAGUUCAUCAAGAAGCGCCAGAGUCGGGCAAGCAGGCGUGGUGUAAGAAGAGAGGAGAUUGAGAGGGAAGUGGACAUCCUGCAGCAGCUCCAGCACCCUAACAUCAUAUCGCUACAUGAUGUUUACGAGAACCGCACAGAUGUGGUGCUCAUCCUCGAACUGGUAUCUGGAGGAGAACUGUUCGAUUUCUUGGCUCAGAAGGAGUCUCUCAGUGAAGAGGAGGCCACUCAGUUUAUCAAACAGAUCCUAAAUGGAGUCCAGUACCUCCACUCCAAGAGGAUCACACAUUUUGAUCUGAAGCCUGAAAAUAUAAUGCUGUUGGACAGAAAUGUUCCCUUACCCCGCAUCAAACUCAUAGACUUUGGGCUGGCACACAAAAUUGAAGCUGGGGCAGAUUUCAAAAACAUCUUUGGAACACCUGAAUUUGUUGCUCCAGAGAUAGUCAACUAUGAGCCACUGGGAUUGGAGGCAGACAUGUGGAGCAUUGGAGUCAUCACAUAUAUACUCCUGAGCGGUGCGUCACCUUUCCUCGGUGACACCAAGCAGGAGACGCUGGGGAACAUCUCGGCGAUGAACUACGACUUUGACGAAGAGCUCUUCAGCAACACGAGUGAGCUGGCCAAAAGCUUCAUCAGACAGCUCCUGGAGAAAGACACGAGAAAACGGAUGACCAUACAAGAGGCCCUCAACCAUCAUUGGAUUAAGUCCUGCGUCCCCAUGGAAGAAGAUAACGCUGCCUCUGAGGUGGAGAAGAAAACGGAGCAGCUGCAAACAAAGCGUCUAAAGGAGUACACCAUCCAAUCCCACUCCAGCAUGCCUCAAAACAACACAUAUGCCAACUUUGAGCGUUUUGCCCAUGUAGUGGAGGAUGUCAGUCUGAUGGAGACGGGUCUGUCAGAGGUGGCAGGAGCCCACCACACUCUGCAGGGUGAUAUAGAAGCACUGCUCUCCAUCUACAAUGACAAGGAGGCCUGGUACAAGGAGGAGAGUGAGACUGCGAGGAAGCAGCUGUCGCAGGUUCGCUACGAGUUCCGCAAAGUGGAGGCCACCAGGAGGCUGCUGCAGGAGGACAUGAAGGCUAUAGAUGCCAGUCUGGAGAGCAUCAGCGGGAAGUACAGCCAGAGGCAGAGUCAGCUGGAUGCUCUGAGGCAAGAGCUGAACUCUGAGCUGCAGUGGCUGCAGGAGGUCAUGAGCUCUCUGCAUCCAGAAGGAGCCAACGGCAGCGUCCUCAGCAGCAGUCUGAACACGGACGUGAAGCAGGCGUUGAUAGAGCUGCUGCACCAGUCCUGCAGGAGGGAACUUUGCCCCGAGGCCAAACAGCCACUCACAGAGUCUGGCUAACAAACACACAAAUGAAGACACACUUUUGACUUUAAAAAAAAAGCUUAACAUGUUUUUGAAAAUGACGCUGUUUGAAUUCAGCACUUUGAUUUCUUUUUUCAGCACAACACAAAGUUUUGAAUGUAGUCUUUAUAUUUUCUUUAUUUCAAUGUUUUUUCAUGUGUAAACUAUGUAGUACAAUACUUUAAAUAAUAAUAAUAAUAAUAAUAGGUUUAGGAAUAUGAAUUUGGGGAAAUAGUCUUAUUUGCAUUCUUGCCAGGAAUUACAAAAGAAGACAGUACCACAUUCAUAUGUGUGUGUUGAAUACGAAGCUGCAGACAUUGUUUGGAUUAAGUAAAUGACAUGGAAAUUAGUGAGGUUUAGGCAGAUUUUGUAACCUUUGAACAGGUUCUCAUGGCCUGCAGUACUAGACCCAGCUUACUGCAUUCAGGCUACAGAUUCCUGUUUAACAGACAAAUAUCAGAGAGAUGACGAUCUCCUCAUCUCCCAAAAUGUUAAACUACUUCAUGACACUAUAGUAGGGAUUUUUCUAAAAGUGAAGUGAUAUUAACUGAACAUGAACUAGAUUUAUUUGUGCACACUAAACGGCUUCAUUGUUUUGAAGCAGUGAUGAUGAAGACUGAAUGUUUUUACUGUGUUAAAGACGACACGGCAUCGAUGGAAUGUAUCAUAAGUUCGCAUCUUUUGAUUGAUUGAUUUUUUCAUUCCAUUUAGUUUUUUUGUAAACUGUAAAUUAUUAUUUUUUUGUUUUGUUUUGUCUUUACAAUGGUUAUCCGUUUGUAAAGUUGUAAAUGUCAUAAAUAGAUUUUUUUUUGUUCUUCAGAUUAUUUUACAAACAUGCACUUUUGCAAAAUGUUCAAUUUAUUUAUUUAUUUUAAAAACUUGUUUUUUUUUAUUUCUUUUUCUCCUUUCUUGGAGAUGUUAUCUGAGCCAACAGGAAAAACAACAUCUAUGAUAAGAUCAUGUGUUUCGAGAUACGUCAGUGGUUUCUUUCAGCAUCUCGCCAGAAUUACACGCUUAUACACGUUUUGACAUCCGUCACUGUUGUCUAAACACUGAAAUAAAUGUGUAUUAUGUAUCUGAUUGUGUUUUGUGACCUGAGAUUUCUGUACAGUUCGCAUUGAUCCCCAGAUUACAUUGUCAGAAUUAGACCAGUACUUUAACAUAAUGUUUUUGAACUUGUAUUUGACAUUAACAUGAAAGAUGCUUGCUCUUUUAUUUCAUCCCUCAUUGUGUCU